AUUGAUAGUGAUAAUUAUUAAUUUCCACUAUUGCCGAGCGGUGCUAGUGCACCUUAAUUUAUUUUUUAUUAAUUCGCUUACAAAUGUUUGUAAAUUGUAAAAUGAGUACAUAAACCGUUCGAAAAAACAUUAUUCAAUAUGUUGCUGAGAAAUUUAAAAUUUCACGGAUUUCAGUGUGGAUUUGCACCUGUGCUUCAGGUAUCCAGGUCGUAUAGCAAUUCCCCACUGUCUGACGUUCAACAGUCCUCUGAUGAAUCGUUAUCCGGAAAACAAGUUAAACCUGAAAGAAAAUCGGUUGUGCCGUCCAAUUCUAGAUUUAUAUAUCCAGAGUUUUUACCUGAUCCUAAAAUGGAAUGGAGAAACUCGUUACGAGAAAAACUAGAACGCAUGGACAUGAUACAACGAAGAAAACAUAUAGAUAUACCUGAAUUUUAUGUUGGGUCUAUCAUGGCUGUUUCAUCAUCUAAUCAACACGCUCCUAAUAAAGCUACUCGUUUUGUGGGUAUAUGCAUACAACGUUUAGGAUGUGGUCUCAGAGCUAAUUUUACCCUUAGAAAUGUUAUUAAGCAUAUUGGUACGGAAAUGAAAUAUCAACUUUACGAUCCGACUAUACAAAAAAUUGAAGUUUUACGCUUAGAGAAACGUCUUGAUGAUGAAUUGUUAUACUUAAGAGAUGCUCCUAAUGAAUACAGUACAUUUGAUGAAAAUAUGGAAGUUGAAUAUUUACCUGAAGGAGCACCUGUACCAGUGAAUCCUGAAAUGGUCAAGCUAAAACCUAGACCUUGGCGUGCCAGGUGGGAAAGAAAAAAUAUGAAAGGGUUAGCUGACUUAGGGCUAGAAGAUCGGUUUUAUGAAAGAGCUGAAGAAUUAGCAACGCCCUGGGAGAAAUAUGACUUAAUGAAACAAUACAGGAAAACAAUACCAGAAGAAGAACAAAAAGAAAUAUUUGCUGAAGUAUAUUCAGAAUUACACGAAGUUGAAGUAAUGCGCAAGAAACUAAAACGAAAAAAAGUUUUUAUUAAGCCUUCCAAAAAUGUAUAGAAUAAUAGUUUCAAUUAUGUACAAUAUAAUAUUUAAAUAAAGAUUUUUUUCUAUCUAUAAA